CAUGUGUGCCAGUUUUUUCUGGAUAUCAGCGACAACACAUUGUGGAGAAGACUUCUAAUUUGACUGAAGUUUGGAUUGGCACGCUAGUAGCUGUCCUGCUCCAAGAUCAGGUUGGGCUUGAUAGCAAUAUAAUAAUAACAUUGGAAAGGAUGGAUUCUUUUUUAACAGAAUUGUUGUGGGUACUCGUAUUCUCCACCUUCUUCACCUGCAUCGCAAGCUGCCCCAGCGUCUGCGAGUGCUCUCCCAACGGCAUCGUCACGUGCAUCGGAAGUAAUAUUAUUGAUACACCAAAACAACUGCCUACUCACACGUACAAACUGCAGUUGGCCCUCACAAACAUGCAGGUCAUAAAUGAGCGGAGCCUGGAGAAAAAGGAGCUGAUGUUGCGUUUUAGUUUAACUUUUAGCCACCUCCAUACUGUCCAUCCACAGGCUUUCCGUGUCGCUCCGCAGCUGAAGUCUCUCCAGCUGUCAGACAAUGAUCUUUCCGCAUUUGAUGCAAGAGUUUUUAGCCCACUGGUCACUCUGGAGGAGCUGCAUUUAAAUAGGAACCAACUGGAGACCAUUCCUGCCGAAUUGUUUCAAGGACUCAUUGCUUUGCAGGAUAUAAACUUGAGCCAAAACAAAUUAUCCAGUGUUCCUUCGGGGGCUUUCAGGGGACUGAGAAACCUUGAAAUCCUCAACAUUGGCAGUAACUACUUGAAAACACUUUCUCCUACCAUCUUUCACUCCUUGAUCAACCUGAACAAGCUCAGCAUCCAUAAAAACAAAUUAGAGAGGUUAGAAGCUGGUAUCUUUGAUGGACUGGUGAACCUUGAGUAUCUCCAUAUCCACUCCAACGUGAUAGCCACUAUUCCCCCGGAGGUGUUCUGGUCACUGAGAAACUUGAAGAAUCUCACCUUGUCGAACAACCAGCUUGAAUUUGUUCCUGAGAGGAGCUUCUACAACAUGCCCAAACUGUCUAAGCUGACCCUUUACAAUAACCCACUUGUAUUUCUACCGGAUGAGCUGAUGGGGCACAUGCCUGGAAUUACAGAAUUUUACCUAUAUGCCACAAACCUCAUCACAGUGCCUGGAAAUCUGUUUGCCAACAUGUCUGGGCUGCAGACUCUAAACUUCCAUUUUAAUGACGUGCUAAGUGAUCUGCCGCCACACUUGUUUUGCUGUCUUCCUCAACUGCAGAAGCUCUCGCUGAAAUCCAACAACCUCCAGCAGCUGCACCCGCAACACUUUUCCAGAUUAAACAAACUGGACAUACUACUCCUCAAUAACAACACCCUCAAGAACCUACCCGAAAACAUAUUCCAGGAGCUCGGACAACUUACCAUGUUGGAUUUGAAGGCCAACGAGCUCAAAAACCUUCCAGAAGAUAUUUUCACGUCCAAUACAUUUCUAAAGGUUGCUUUGAGUGAAAACCCGUGGGACUGUACCUGCAGCAUUAGAGGUUUUGCGAGAUGGAUAAGACAGAAUAAGCAUGUAGUUCUUGACGGUCAAGAUGUGAUGUGUCACACUCCGAAGUACCAAAUACUCCGUACCCUUGACUCUCUACAUGAUGAGGAACUGAACAAUUGCAACGUUACAACAGUCACUCCAAGCUGUACUCAAGGGUCGUCUCCGACAACCCCUUCAGCUACCGAAGCGGCUACCUCACACCGAGCCCAAACCAGCGUCGAAGCAGAUCAGACUUCCUUCACCUAUGACAUUUCACCGCCUUUUUAUGAUAUGCUAGUAGAGGAACAGGGCCUCAACUUCGUCCACCACAACUAUAUCAGCGGUUGGGUGUAUGUGUGGUUUUUGCCCUCAAAUGCAGUCCUGACAGGCUUCCUCGCCUUUUCUCAUGUCCUUCUUGUGGCCACAGGCUUCUUCCUCAUCCUUUGCAACAUGUAUGGUAUACAUCUUCUUAGUAAGAGGGUGGAGGAGAUAAAGGCACUAUAUGUACACAUUUAUAACUGGUACAAUGAUGCCGAGCAACAGAUUUCACGAGCGGAUAAAAGAAAACUGAAAGACGAAGAGACCCAUGUGAUGAAGAGGACCAGGAAAGCGUUGAUAAUGGGUGUGAUGGACCAACCUCUCAUCUUGCAAGUGCUCCUAUUUCUCUGCUCCAUCAACGUUGCUGUCUGGGCGUGUCCGGAUGGAUGCCAAUGUAAGGGAGAAGAAAUGGCAUGCAUUGGUUUAUCAAAUGUUCCCCCUCUGCCGCUAUCGACAACUGCCCUCUUCCUCUCCAAAUUCAACAUCUACUCUUUGAAAGCAGAGGAUCUUUCUUCUGCCUCACAUGCAAUAUUCAUUGCGAUUGAUGACACUGCUUUGAGUGAGGUUCAACCCGGCACAUUUGAUUCCCCUGUAAACCUCAAGGCCCUCAGAAUUACUGGAACACAAUUGCAAGACCUCCCGGAGACCUUGUUCCAAAAUCUUCAGGGACUUACGACUUUGAAUCUAAACAGAAACAAGCUUGCGGCACUCCGUCCAAAAUGGUUCUCCCCGAUUAAAAUGCUUACUGCCCUUGAUGUCACUGGAAAUCAACUGACCUUAAUACCCAUGGAAACUUUUCACCCCCUGAGUGAGCUGGAGUACCUUUUGCUUGCAAGAAAUGCUAUCAGUCAGUUACCCAGUGAGGCAUUCAAAGGGCUUUCGAAGCUGAAAUAUCUUCGAUUAAAUAAAAAUGCGCUUCAAGAAAUACCCAGUGGGAGUUUCGAUGACCUCGGGAACCUGGAGGAACUAUCCCUACAGGACAAUCGUAUUACUCAUCUCCAGCAUGACUUGUUCUCAAAAACUCCCAAACUCACAAAGCUGUUCCUCUCCAACAACCAACUGAGGACUCUUCCACAGGGACUCUUCUUUCACGUCCCUCUGCUUGCCCAGAUCUCCUUGUAUGAAAACCAUCUGGAAAGCUUUGGUCCAGGGGUAUUUGGUUCCACGGCCAUUCAAGAGUUGUGGCUCUAUGACAAUAAACUGAUCCGUAUAGAGGCUGACACCUUUAAAAAUCUCACACAACUGCGUCUCCUGGUGCUCAGUCACAACCGGAUUAGCUACGUAUCGCCCGGAGCCUUCCGAGGGUUGGAACAUCUAGGUGAAGUGUCACUUCACACAAAUUUGCUGAAAACAUUGCAAGCUGGGACAUUCCAAGGUCUCCCCAGCCUGGUCAACAUCUCUUUGGAGCACAAUUUUAUCAAUCAUCUGCCCGGUGGUUUUCUCCAGGGCCUGAGUCAUCUGGGACAGAUCGACUUGAGAAAUAACACUCUCCGAAACCUGCCACAGCAAGAUCUAGAUGCCAUUUCUGUGGCAGAAGAGAUACUUCUUCAGCAGAACCCCUGGAGGUGUGACAUGGAUAUUCUGCCUCUUCGCAACUGGCUGAGAAAGCACCCAUCCAAGGCCAACCAAACACUAGUGGUGUGCGAUACCCCUCUCAAUCUGAAUGGAGAGAUGAUUACUGGACUCACAGAAGAGGACUUGGAGAUACAGAGUUUCACACAGCAGACACCGCUGACCUCAACGGAGAGGAGAAGGAAACCAAACACCCCACCUGCUAUCAAGACAACUUCUUCAUCCGAGGAUGAAGUCACAAACGGUGGACAGCAGGAGGAGGGUCACAUUCCCAACCAUACUUCCAUCAUCCUCAUUGUCAUCACGGUCAUCGCUACAGUGAUCAUAAGCGCCACCAUCAUUGGCUGUCUAUGCUGGAGGAGGAACAAGAAAGGACAAGGGCAUAUAGGCCACAGGAGCAGAAACUCCGUGCUGUAAAUGAGACCAUGGGUUAAAGUGAACUAUUCUGAUUUAAGCCCUGUAUGCGCUGUCUAUUUAUAUGUACGUAUCUUCAAGUGACUCAGCCAUUAUGACUGUGUUCACAUUUGAGUUGAGCCAACACUCGCAGACAUCCAAAAUACGCAAAAGCAAUUACAGGGGGUCCUUGGUUUACAGUGGAGUUCUCGUACCUACAGAGACGACAUAACCUGAAUUUGGGCGUAAUUAGGGAUGCAAAUAACCAGCCUACACCAACGCAGUAGAAAGAUCAUGGUAAUUAUGGUAAAAACAAAUGUAUGAAAAUCACUUAUAGGACAUAAUAUAAAACAAUCAAAUGAAAAACAGGCGAUAAAGGAUCAAGCUGGUACCACAUGAUAGGGUAUUCUUAUGCUGACACACAAACUAGUUCAUUGCACGCCAUUCCAAAACACCAAACUUCAUGUGAGGAAAAAACGAUCUGAAUCACUUGAACCAUGCAGUGGAGAUCCAGAAACUUGAAACAGAGAAGAGAAUUAUUCAUAGUUAAUGUGGUUUCUU